AUGAACAAAUUACUCUCGACAGUUUUAGUCAUAUUAUUUUUGCUGCAAAAGUGUUGUGUUAAGGCAGAGAAUCAUGAAAUUACUCACAAGGCUUAUUUCGAUAUAAGUAUAAAUAACAAGCCAAUCGGGAGAAUAACGUUUGGGUUGUAUGGGAAAGUAGCCCCCAAGACAGUGGAUAAUUUCGUGAGCAUAUGCAAAGGAACAGUAGUUAAUGGGAAAAUGUUGAAUUACACGAAUUCGAUAUUUCAUCGUAUAAUACCAAAUUUUAUGGCACAAGGUGGUGAUAUAACACACUUUAAUGGAACUGGUGGGCUGAGCAUAUAUGGAGAAAAAUUUAAAGAUGAAAAUUUCACUUUAAAACAUACCAAACGGGGAAUGUUAUCCAUGGCUAAUGCUGGAAAAAAUACCAACGGAAGUCAAUUUUUUAUUUUAUUUGUUCCGACUCCUUGGCUCGAUGGAAGACAUGUUGUUUUUGGGGAGGUAAUUGAAGGAUUGGAUAAAUUGGUUCAGAUUGAAGCUGUAGGUACAGAUUCAGGACAACCAGUAAAACGAGUUCUAGUAACAAAAUCAGGUGUGCUUUAA